AAGUGCAUCAUUAGGCUUUUACUAGACAGUAUCGUCUUAUAUAUUUUGGAUUUAAAGGUAGAUCAAACGUAAACCUGCUCAGAGAGAAUCGGAGAAAGAGGCGGUCUAUAUGGAGUGACGUCAGGGGGUGGAAUUGCAACAUGGAGCCAAGGGUAGGACUGUGGGAGAAGAGUACUCAAUGGAAAGAAAGCCAAUGAAUACUUUCAGAGAGAGACGUGGACGCUCCAAUUGAAAGUCAAGGACAGCAAUUCUGGAUAUUUACUCAAACUUGGAAGGGACCCACUUUAACUCAUAUUUAAACACAAGAUUACUGACUAACUCGGAGCGGGAUUAUGUUUCUUUCGUUUUUUUAGGAGAUGUCCCAUGAUUUCAUUUUGCACCAACAACUGGAGUCGAUGGGCGCCACUAAAGUGAAAAGUUGCUUACAGUUGUUUUAGUUAGUUGUAAUGCUAUUUAAGUGUAUCAGUCUACGUCUCUCGGGAUGAGUUGUCAUAAUUAAGGAGAAAGUUUUUAAAGUUAAGGCGUGAUCAAAUUUCCUGAAAUUAGAGUGUGUUAUCUUGGGAUGACUGCAGCUGUCUCUUGGUGGAGUAGGCAAAUUCUCAAUUAGAUCCGCGCUAUUGGCAACAAAGAACAUAUUUUCUCUAACGCUGAAGUUUCAUUGUGUAACCCUGAAAAAUCGUUACAAUUACAAGUGAACAGUUGUUUUUUUUAUUUUUUCGGGAAGGCUGCAAAGACCUUAUGACGAAAUGGAAUUGUGAAUCGUGUCGUUUGGCAAACAAAGGAUGUACAGACCCUCUCUCGGAUUGAUUGACGCUGAACACAUACAUCGAAACCUUUGCAAGAAAUGGAGGAGGGAAUCCAAAUCCACAUUAUAGUGGACAAGAUGUUUGCAACAUGACUAAAACUGUCCGGGUAUUCUGAAUGACGUUUUGGCUCACCCUAUUUCCAGAAAGAACCAGGCCAAUUUAUACUACACACACAAUUCCCUGCCUCCUGCGCUACUUGAUAUUAAUAUAUUAUUUUCUUUGCCAAUGCUACAGUAGCCUAAUUAUCUUGGAAUAUAUUUUGAAAAUGAGGUUAUGUGCGGUUGCUUUGUUGCAAUUGUUAUUUGUUUUGCUACUCGGAGGCGAUGGCUCUGCGGUAUCAUCUGACUGUAAAUCAUAUGAUGAACGUUCAAAAAGCGCAGGGAAAAGCACACCGUCAGUGGCCACGGCGGAUAGGAAAGUGGUCUGCAGUAAUAUGGAACUCCAUCAGGUGUUACCACCGGACUCCUUCCCCAACAGAACAGUCACUUUGAUUUUAAGCAACAACAAAAUUCAGGAAUUGAGGAAUGGAUCCUUCAUCGGGCUGUCAACUUUGGAAAGAUUGGACAUGCGGAACAACAUCAUCAGCCGUAUCGAACCGGGGGCUUUUCUUGGAUUGCUCGCACUCAAAAGACUAGACCUGUCCAACAAUCGCAUUGGCUGCCUCAACGUGGACAUAUUCAAAGGCCUCACAAGUCUAGUUCGAUUAAACCUUUCAGGAAACAUGUUUUCAUCGCUGGCCCAAGGGACGUUUGACAGCUUGGUGUCAUUGAAGACUUUGGAGUUCCAGACGUCGUACCUGCUGUGCGACUGCAACCUGCUGUGGCUGCUGCACUGGAUCAAAGACAACAACGUCGGGGUGAAGGACACCAGCUGCUCCUACCCCCGCUCCCUGCAGGGCCAGCUCAUCACCUCCACCAAGCCUGAGCUGUUCACCUGUGAUGCACCCCUGGAACUGCCUUCCUUCCAGCUGACUCCGUCCCAGCAUCAAGUCGUGUUCCAGGGCGACAGCCUGCCCUUCCAGUGCCAGGCCUCGUUCGUGGCGGAGGACAUGCAGGUGCUGUGGUACCAGGACGGCCGCAUGGUGGAGCCCAAUGCAGCACAGGGCAUCUUCAUCGAGAAGAGCAUGGUACAGAACUGCUCCCUCAUCGCCAGUGCGUUGACCAUCUCCAACAUCCAGCCUGCUUCAACGGGGAACUGGGAGUGUCGUGUGAGGACAAGCCGAGGGAACACCACCCGUACCGUCAAGAUUGUGGUCCUGGAGAGCUCCGUAAAGGAAUGCCCACCCGACAGAGUGUCCAACAACAAGGGAGACUUCAGAUGGCCUCGUACCCUAGCAAGCAUCACAGCCUACCUGCCCUGCAACAAGCUGGCGUCAGGCACGGGAAUCUACUCCGGCUCGGUGGGUGAGGAGCGGCUUGCGUGGCGGCGUUGUGACCGUGGGGGCCUGUGGGCCGAGGACAACUACUUCCGCUGCCAGUACCAGAAAGACGUGACUCGCUUCCUCUACAUCAUCAACCAGAUGCCUCUGAACAUGACCAACGCGGUGAUCACGGCCCGCCAGCUGCUCGUCUACACAUUCGAGGCCGCCAACUUCUCAGACAAGAUGGACGUCAUCUUCGUGGCCGAGAUGAUCGAGAAGUUUGGCAAGUUUGCCGAGAAAUACAAGGAGUUGGGGGACGUGAUGGUGGACAUCUCCAGUAAUCUGAUGCACGCUGAUGAGCGGGUGCUGCGGCUAGCUCAGCGCGAGGCCAGGGCCUGCUCCCGCAUCGUGGAGUGUCUCCAGAGGAUCUCUGUACACCAGCUAGCCAGCGGAACCCAGGCCUACUCCACCAAUUCCCAUAACAUCGCCCUGGAGGCCCACGCCAUCAAGGCGAGCAGCUUCAAUGGCAUGACCUGCACACUGUUCCAGAAGCUGAUGCCUGAACGCAUCGCUCUCCGAGACCUGGGCCCACGCAUCGACCUGGACGGCAACCCUGACCGCCAGCUCAGCUUCAAGUGUAACAUCACCAGCACCCUGUCCAGCCUCUCUCUUAAGAACACCAUAGUGGAGGCGUCCCUGCAGCUCCCCCCAUCUUUGUUCUCUCAGUACCUGGGCCAGGCCGACGACAACGUCUACAAGCUUCACCUGCUGGCCUUCCGCAACGGCAAGCUCUUCCCCUCCACGGGCAACUCCACCCUGCUGGCUGACGGGGGGAAGAGGAGGAACGUGGCCACCCCCGUUCUCCUGGCCAAGAUUGAGGGUUUCCAGCUGCGUGGACUGCGUGUCCCGGUAAACGCCACGCUGCGGCGGUUUGCCCGUGGCUCGGACGCCGUGCCCGCCUGCUGGAACUUCAGCCUGCUGGGCGGGCAGGGUGGCUGGCAGAGCGAGGGCUGCCGUGUCCUGCGGCACCAUGACAACUUUACCACGCUCUCCUGUGACUCGCUCAGCAACUACGCUGUGCUCAUGGAUCUUACUGGGGUGGAGUAUUUCUCUCCCAGCAUUGAGCCUCUCCACCCAGUCCUCUACGCCACAGCUAUCGUCCUCCUGCUCAGUCUGCUGGCCAUCAUCAUCAGCUACAUCUAUCACCACAGGUCUGUCCGGAUCAGCCGUAAGUUCUGGCACAUGCUGGUCAACCUCUGCCUCCACAUCUUCCUCACCUGCGGCGUCUUCGUGGGUGGCAUCAACCAGACGCGUUACGCCAGCGUGUGCCAAGCUGUGGGCAUAGUUCUGCACUACUCGACCCUGGCCACAGCUCUGUGGGUGGGCGUGACUGCACGCAACAUCUACAAGCAAGUGACCCGCAAGGCCAAGCACUACGAAGAGCUGGACGAGCCCCCGCCCCCUCCACGACCCAUGCUGAGGUUCUACCUAAUAGGCGGAGGGAUACCGAUCAUCGUCUGUGGCAUAACCGCAGCCGCCAACAUCAAGAACUACGGUAGCCAGACCAACGCACCAUAUUGCUGGAUGGCGUGGGAGCCCAGCCUGGGGGCCUUCUACGGCCCCGUCGGCUUCAUCGUCUUCGUGGACUGCAUGUACUUCCUUAGCAUCCUCCUCCAGCUGCGCCGCCACCCCGAGCGCCGCUACGAACUCAAGGAACCCGCCGAGGAGCAACAGCGGCUGGCGGUAGCGGGCAGCGAUGCCGGAGACAUACCGGCCACACUCCUCCACCUCCAGUCCCACGACGCCUCGUCCUCUACGGUGUCGGCUCCCCAUGCCGUGUCCCUGUCAGCGCUGGAGAACGAGCAUACGUUCGCGCGGCAGCUCCUUGGCGCGGCGGUUGCUCUGGGGCUCUACGCGUCGCUGUGGGUGUUUGGCGCCAUGGCCGUGUCCCAGGAGAGGCCGGCCGACCUGGUGUUCUCCUGCCUGUUUGGCAUUGUGGCACUGGCUCUGGGUGGCUUUUUGAUGGCACACCACUGCGUCAACCGCCAGGACAUGAGGCGCCACUGGGCCCAGGCCUGUUGCCCCGAGAGACGGGCCUACUCGGCGCAGGAGGACGCCCUGCUGCCACUGCCGGGGGCGUCCGCGGCUGGGUCGGUUGGUAGGGGCAACGAUGAUGCGGCCAAGUGUGCCCAUAGCAGCGCAGAGUCAUCCUGCACCAAUAAGAGUGGCCCCAGUGUGCGAAACUCCACCCAGGGAAGUAAACUGACCAAUCUGCAUGCAGAGGCAGCGCUGAACAAAUCCUUGCCCCUACUAGCCCUGCCCGCCAAUGGGGCAGCCAUGCUGGACAACAGCCUGACGGAGCACUCGGUGGACAAUGAGAUCAAGAUGCACGUGGCGCCCGUGGAGGUGCAGUUCCGGCCCAACAACAACAAUCCUGCCACCAACGGACCCACGAGCCGGCAUCACAAGAACAGGGCGCGGGCCCACCGGGCCAGCCGACUCACUGUGCUGCGCGAGUACGCCUAUGACGUGCCCACCAGCGUGGACGGCAGCGUGCAGAGCGGCCCCCACAGGCGGCAUCGCCACGAACACCACGACAGUCAGCAGGCGCGGUGCAGCCGACGGGCAGUCUACAUGGCCUACAGGGAGCGCCACCAGAGCCAGACGCAACAGGACAGCAGCGACGCCAGCACGUCCCUGCCCCGACGCUCGCGCUACACCGACAAGGGAGGGGGCAGCACUAGCGCCCUAGGCAACGGGGCUAUCGGAGUAGUGGGAAGUGGAAGUGUAGGAUCAACAGUAGGAACAGGUGGAGAAGGAGGAGAAGGUGAGGGGGCUGGGACUUCUGCGUCCGUUACGAGUAAAGACAGUAGUAGCAUAAAGCAGCCCAAUAACACAGAGCUGGUGGACGGCCAGCCCAAGUCGUACGGGCUCAACCUGGCUACACAAAACGGCACGCUCAAAAACAAUGGGCAGAUCAUGCCUAUAAUCAACACAGAGAGCUCGUGCUCAGCCAACAUAAAAACUGGACUAUGGAAACACGAAACUACUGUGUAGUGUGUUUUCUGCACCAAAGACUGCAUGUCACGUGCUCUCCCUUCAACUGUGAAGUUUUUGUUUCUAUCUUUGUUUUUUAUGGUACAAUGUUUCAAAAAAAUUGUAAUUGAAAAAAAUAUAUCUUCAAAAUAGUCACACUAUUUUGAGUUUGUGAACGUGUGUGUUUUGGAUGCCACUGGUCUGUCUCUGUAGUAGACAUUUUGUAAAUGGUUUAUUUUUAUAUCAUUUAAUCCUAAUUAAAUGAGUUUUGGACGUGAAACUGCAUGUUCUGUGCCGUUGCCUAGUGUGUAUCCACUGGGCUGGUUCUUUUUUAUUUUCUAGUUUGUUUCAGUGUAAUAAACCAAACGUUUCUAAUUCCA